CUUGCAGUUAGGGCUGCAGGAGGAGUAGUCUCCAGAUCGCCAUUCAAAGUUUGGCAGGCCAGGCUUUAUUGGUACUGUGUCAUCGCUUAUUACUCAGAACCCCGCUCUGAUUAUCAUCAUGCACAACCUCGUGUUGUUGACCUGUCUUGGGCAUCAGACAGGUGUGGGCUAACCCGUUGCAGCAUUAUAGGUCUAUUGGAUCCAUUCCUUCUCCAAAGUAUGACCAAUGGCCUCUUCAACUAUGAUGAUGAAACCUGUCAGUCCCAGGUGAUCGAGGCAUGGGACGAAGAGUCGCAGUAUCCUCCACCAACACCAGGAAACUUCGGUCGGACACCUAGUACAGUGUAUUCGCUAAGCCCUACUCCAGACCCUACUUCCCGCCAAACGCAGCCCAAUGACCUCGGGUUUCUUCCGUUUGAUGAGUGGAAGAGAAGGAAAGAUAAUAACUGCGAGGAGGCAGGAGAGCAAGACUUUAUUCACUACAUGAUCACUUGGAAACUUAAGAUCAAUCAGACAAUCGAGGCCAAGGAGACCGAACAGGACUUGGUCAUAGCCCCGAGUGAAUAUUGGGAGAAGUGUCUGAAACAAAAGAUUGACGGGUUGAUGUACACCAAGAAACGUAACCGGCGGGUCCGGUUCGAAGACACGGAGGUUGUGGUAUCAAUAAACCACCGUAAUGAGGGCCCUCUUGAGAAGCACUCUGAUGACACUAACAUUGAUUGGAGACCAGUGGAGAGAAAGCUUCGUAAGUGGAGCAAUCUGGUCCGCAUGGGCAGGACACCUCAGAUUGCCAUCACCGUCAAAUAUAUGAGAGACGAUGACGCGGCUAAAGUAUGCGACAAACGAGGCUCUUCAGCUACCAAAAGAAUGCUUGCUGAACGAGAUGCAGUCAUCGCUGCUGAAGAAGAGUCAAAUCAGCCUUCAUCCUGGAGAUACGUGUACAAACUUAUGCGAUAUUCUGUAACUUCAUGUAGUAACCUCAACAAGUGGUGCUGGCAGGAUCCGAAGGGGGGCAAACUCGACGGUCAAGAUGACGUUCCAGAAGGCAUUCGACAAGCUCUCUACGUGGAGGCCCAGCAGAAACUUGAGAGGGGCUCGAAUGAAACGAGUCACCAGGUUGCUUUGGGGGCCCCAUGUCCAAUCAACACCAAUCUCUUGGCUCCGCAGUGUACACAUGAGUCUGCUAUAUCAAUAUCACCACCCAAACCUGCGACCUCGAAAAAGAGAAUCAAGAUCUCUGGGCCCCGAGAUGAUGCUGUCCGGGCAUACUGUGAAUGGCACGAACUCCAAGUGACUGACAAGAAGCGCAAGGCCGAUUGGCGUAAAGCAUGUGAGAUAACCCUAUCCAAUGGCCUUGACCUCGAGUUGGUGGAAGAAGAUCAAGAACAUGUGCAGUUCCUGAUUGAACAAGGCGUGACAAAAGGGACUGCACGGCGAUUCGUUCGUGACAUCUGUGAAUGGGUUGAACAUGUGAGAGAGCUGUCACCGGAGCGAUGCAUUCAAAGUCCCUCCAAUUGCAUUGAUGACUGAACACUCCUAUGUUGCCAUGCGUGAUUGCUUGGGUCUCGUUUGAUUGAACAGACAGCAUUUUAGCUUUGCAUUGUAGGUACGCUGGUCGUACGAUACGGUCUAGUUGUUAUUUGGUUUCUUAGCUAGUUCAUGCCUUAAUACUCGUACUUCGCAAUGUUAUUUCCCCCGUUUAUAUGAUUUGG